UGGUCUCUCUGGUAGCGGUUUCUAAUAUUGUUUUGUUGUUAAAGCACCAAUAGACAACCAAAAUGGGUAGUGAUGAAGAGGAGAAGUACGAUGGAAUGCUGCUAGUUAUGGCUCAACAGCAUGAAGGCGGGGUGCAAGAGUUAGUAAACACAUUCUUCAGUUUUCUCCGGCGUAAAACAGACUUUUUCACGGGAGGAGAACCUGGAGCACCUGAGAAGUUGGUGAAGGAGGCCUUUGCGCAUCACAGUCAGCUAGCCCUGAAAGUCCAUAAAGAGAAACAAACCAGACUAGAGAAAGAGAAGCGAGAAAAAGCUGAGAGAGCCGCAAAGCUCGCUGAGGAAGAGGAGAAGAGGAGGAGGAAGACGGAUGACGAGCCUAAAAUCAAAGAGCUGACAGAUGAAGAAGCAGAAAGACUUCAGUCUGAAAUAGAACAGAAGAAACAAGAGGAGAAACAACAGAAAGAAGCUGUCAAUAAGUCGGCCACUCCGGCAGAUAAAGGAGACAAAGGGUCUGAUUCAGAAGGAGAGGAAGAUGAGAAAGACAAAGGCAAAAUGAAACCCAACUCUGGGAAUGGUGCAGACCUGCCUGACUACAGGUGGACACAGACCUUAUCUGAAGUGGAUCUUGUCGUGCCUUUUGAUGUGAAGUUUCGUCUGAAGGGGAAAGAUGUGGUGGUGGAUGUCCAGAGGCGUUCUCUGAAGGUGGGGCUAAAGGGGCACCCCCCCGUGAUUGACGGACAGCUGUUCAAUGAGGUGAAAGUGGAGGAGAGCUCCUGGCUCAUCGAGGACGGCAAGGUAGUCACCAUCCACCUGGAGAAGAUAAACAAAAUGGAAUGGUGGAAUAAGCUGGUGAGCACAGACCCUGAGAUCAACACCAAGAAAAUCUGCCCAGAGAACUCAAAGCUGUCCGACCUGGACGGAGAAACCCGCAGCAUGGUGGAGAAGAUGAUGUACGACCAGAGACAGAAGUCCAUGGGCUUGCCCACGUCCGAGGAACAGAAGAAGCAGGACAUCCUGAAAAAGUUCAUGGAGCAGCAUCCUGAGAUGGACUUCUCUAAAGCCAAGUUCAGCUGAGAGCAGACGCCCCCCCCACCCCCAACGCGCCUUGACCGACUGAAAGCCACUCUUCAGACUGGGGACACCCUGAGGCUGCUUGAUGCUUGUAGUGGAGCUUAUAUCCCUGUUUCAUUUCAUGUUUCUGUUCCGUUUUCUCCCUUCCUUUCUUCUGUCAUGUGGUGACAAUAUAGUGAAUUUUCUUUUUUUUUUUUUUUUACCCAUUAUCACUGUAAGAGCUGUUCUGAAUGCUAAAGAGCUGUUUGAGAGCUGUUCUGAAUGCUGGUGUGUUCCAACAAUUUAAAACCAGCUGGAUUUAUCGUUGCUU